AUGGACACACUACAAAGUAACUGUCGGUACCAAGCACAUCCACAUUUAUUGAGUUUUGUCAAUCACGCUGUCUUUUCAGACUGAACACGGAGGAGGCAUGGGCGGAAUUUAGAGGACGCCGGUGCCACAUUCACAAGGAAUGAAGUAGCGCUUUUUAGCUGGCAAACGCUGUCGUUUGGGCAUAUCGACAUGAUGCAACUAACGUUUAAUUUGCCACAUCAAGGUUGCCAGUAAAUCAUAUUUAGCUAUCUAGCAUCCAUGUACAACAAGCGGUCAGCUUUCAAGACAUAUAUUUACUAGGUUAGAUGAUAGCUAGCUAUCUGUUUAGCUAGUGUUGCCAAACCCUCAGUAAGGAAAGUAGCUCUUAGCUGUCCUAAAAGUUGCUAGAAGUUACUAAAUGAUUUGCAUAAUUGACCAUGUGCAUGUAAUUGUGAUGGAUGCUGUAGGAGAGAGGAAUAACGUCGUGGGGGAGACAAAAAGUGAGUAAAAAACACCCUAAAUAUGUUUAGAACUACAAAUGAACUUUCUUCUGUCGAUUCUUUUUUUUUUUUUAUGUCACAAUUCCAACCCUCCUCCUUUAUCCUGGCUUGGGACUGGCAAAAAUGUCCCAAAAGAGACACUGUUAUUAUCUUUUUUUUUGUGUGUGUGUUUAGUUUUCUUAAGUUUGGUUUGGUUUUUAACCCUAUGGUACACUUAGGAGCCUACGACAAGUCACAGUAAAACAUUAACAUUUGAACCAUAACAUAAAAAAAAAAAGUGUAUACAAUCUACAUUAACAAUCUAAAUGGACCAAAAAGAGACAAUAGAAAAAACUAUCAAUGGCAAUGUGAGAAAAUGAUGGUAACUACUCUGGCCUUAAUUCAGGUUAAUUGUUUGUUUUUUUCAGACCCCCCUCCACACACACACAGGCUGUGCUGGCUCUCAGAAAUAGUGGGUCAUCGUCAUUUUGGUCAAGGCUCUCUAUGGCAGGUUCAGCAACUGAGGGAGCAGACUUAAAUGAGUAAGCAGCUGAUGUGCCAAAAAGCUGCAAAACAUUAUCAGGCAGCUGGUGCUCAUAGCAAGCCUCACCAGACAGCUUCAGUCCAUAUCGAAUGUACAGGAUGGAGUUAAGGGUCUGCGAGGACAUCCGAUUUCUAAGUUUGCUUUUUACCACACUCAUCUGGCUGAAUACUCUCUCGACUUCCGCAUUCAAGUGUGGCAAGGACAACACAGACACAGCAGCCAUGGCAAGUUCUUGAAACGCGUUGAUAUCAGCUGCAUCCCUGAACUUCCAAAUCUCACUCUAGAAGCCCAGUGUGUUUUUUGUCUCAUUCCAUUUACUAAGAUGGAUGGCACGCCAUUGCUGUACAAUCUUGUCUAUCUCUGCAGGGGAGUAGCCAAGUAGCUUGGCUAUUUUUUUAUAUUUCUUCAGGGCUCUUAUUGUGGUUUAGAGUUUCCUCCACAUUGAAAACUGAUAUGUACUGCAAUGCUUCGAUGUUGUCCGGCAGUCUCACCCUCAACUCAUUAGUGAGGGAGAUGGUGAAGGCUACACACCGCUUUCGGACAUUGUACGGUUUGGGACUGAUGUAUCCAUCUAUUGGGUACAUCAACAUUUGCCAGUGGAUUCAGGACCCUGCUGCUCACAGACUUGAUCAGGCUAACCAAGCUGUCAAGUAGCUUAAGAGGAUCUACUUGCUCUCCCUCAAAAGCCUUGAUGGCCAACUGUACCUCACCCAGCACUGACUUCAAAAAAGUCAGAUACAAUAUGUUUUGAGGAUCACUGUACAUGGAGUAUAAAACCUCAGCCAUGUAGCAGUGUUCACUGGACUUGGUGACUGCGAAAUGCAGCCUAAGCUCCUCCCACUGGUCCAAAAUGCGUGAAACCGCGGGUUCAAUGGAGAGCCAAUGUGUGGCACACACCUUGGUUAUCUGUAAAGGUUUCUCCCCACAGUUGAUGGUCUCAUAUAUGGCUCCCUGCGCUUUGGAGACACUGAAAACCAGUUAUAAGUCUCUCGUACCAAGUACUCCACACUACGGUGGAUGGUGUCAUUGGAAGCAUGACUUACAGCAAGCUGCAGAGAGUGGCACACACAGCAAAUAAGAACCAGAUCUUUGAGGCCAUACUCCUCCUUCAGCACUUUAUGGACCCCAUUGUUAAUCAAUGUCAUAACAGAGGCAUUGUCAGUCCAUAUCCCCAGGAGUUUCUCUUUUUUAAGACAACACUUUGGCAUCUCCUCCCUCCAACUCAACAAGCCCCAGAAAUGUUGAUACAAUUGUCUGCUUGGUGUCACUAAAGUACCUUAUCACAACACCCAGGUACUUAGAAACACUUACAUCCGUGAACUCAUCGAGGAGGAGGCUGAAACGCUGGGCACCCACAUCUGCGACCAACCUUUUCAGAAAGUAUGGUGCUAGAACACAAUUAAUAAUUUCUGUGCACUUUGUCCUGUGCAUUUUUAAGUGGGUAGCAGCAGUGGAGUCUGAGAAAGCAGCUCUACAUGCUUCUCCAAUGUGAUCACAUGCCAGCAUGGAACAGUGUUCAGCGAUAGCUAAUGCCAUGGUGGCCUCAGCCUUUUUUGCAGAGUACAUUUUUUAAACCAUAAAUGGCAGCUUGUUUUGGGUGGAACUGUUAUAUGGCUUUGCCUUUUGAGUAUGUUUUUGAAUUGUCAUGUUUUUUUACAUCACUAAGUUUGGCGUAGAAAUCAGCCUUACAAUACAGGCAGUAUGCCCGUGUAUCAUCUCCAAUAAACGGCUUCAACCAGCCUUUUGUGGGGAUCUAUUUUCUUACAACUAGAUGUGAUGCCUAGCUUAGAAAGAAUACAUUAAUGAUUAAACAUAAUAGGUUUGUGCUGUACUGAUAUAGAUUGUUUAACAUAACAAGCUGUGAUUAAUGUGAGGAACCGUUAGGGGGUAGGCUGAGAUAGACUGAGAUACACACACACACACUGCCUCUUUGUUAAACCGCUCAAGGACAUGUGUUCUGCUACAAUGAAGAAGAACAAACUAUGUCUGAGGUUGCUGACUCGAGACAAGUUGUAAAGAAAACAACUAAUGCCCGGCAACAGUGAAGCGCCAAGGGGCUGGGACCAGCCUGAGCGCCAACGAUAGGUUGGGUAAGUUUAAACCACACCCAGCCUCUAUUCUGACAGGCCCAGCAGGGAGCGGGAACUAUCUCUGUCAGAGUAUUAAAGAAGAACCUUGGGUUGAAAAAGUUAGUUCUCUGACUGCCCUGCGUGGUGUUUCAGUGGGCCAGUAUAUACGAACAUCAUAUUUACCAUUCAAGUGUUUGCAUUAAUUAAAAUACUAGUCUAUCUUAGAAGACGUGUAUUCACCUCUUUUGUUCCUUAUACCAGAUUCGAAUUGACGCAAUUUGACACUUUGAAUUCAGGGUUUGAUUCCCACUCCUUUCUGUAUUUUUUUGUGUACAGUUUAGACUGAGACAUGAUGAACUAGCCAGCUAGAUGUUUAGCUUAUGUCACAGAGGCGCACACACACAGUGGACGAGGUGAGUAAGUGACUGAGGCUGUGUGAGUCAAAUGCAGUGAUUUAUUUUUGUGCAGUGAUUUAUUUUAGACAAAGAAUAUUUUACAUUUACAUCCCGCCCUGAAUGUAAGCCAGGGCGGGAUCAGCCAGCGGCGGCUUCCCGCAUGCACGAUUCAUUUGCAGUCUGGACGCGGAGGAGUGAACAUCUCCUGCUCUGACUGCAGCUGGGAGGGACUGCUGUGCGAGGACUGGGCUGCCUGUGAGUGCUUUGGCACUGGGGUGGGGCCCACGGCAGCACCCGCUGCUCGUUGAGAAGAGUAAGAACGAUACGUGCUUUCACGUCAGAGUCUCAAAGUCUCCAAUAACACCAGAAAAAGUUGCUAGAUUUGUCGCUAGUCGAUUUUUUGAAAAUAUGUCGCUAGAGGGGUCUGAAUACUCGCUAAAUAUAGCAACAAAGUCGCUAAGUUGGCAGCACUGCUAGUAAGUAUCUGAAAUGGCCAAUAAAAGCAGAGCAUUGGCACAGAGGAUUCUUAUCCUGUGUAGACAGGAGACCAGGGCGUAUUCACUAUGGCGAAUGGCAACAAUUACGAUUGCAAGCCAAUGACAUCUAAUCAAACACUGCAUUAGGCAUUUGAAGUGUUCUCUCAAUGUUAACAAACUCUCAAAGUGCACGACAGGUAGCCUAUAUUACUUGCCAUAAUGUCAGGUAAUUAAUUCUGGUCUUGGAGACCCAGAGGUUGUGUGCAGGCCUUUGUUUUAGUCCAACACUAACACCUGAUUCACAUACUCAAGAACUAUGUAACACCACAUCAUUCUCCAGGACUGGGGUUGGUGACCACUGCUGUUCUGGAAUUCAGAUCAUGUGUGCAGGGUUUUGCCCCAGCAUUAAUAUGUCAAGUGUCAACUACUCAUGAAGCUCAUGAAUAGCUGAAUCAGGUUUGUUACUACUGGGCUGGAACAAAAUAGUUAUUUCAUGUGGGCGUUCAGGACCAGGAUUGAAGAACACUCCUCAAUGGAAUAAUGAUGCCUAUGCUUAAUAUAGAGCAAGCAUAACACUAACUUUGUCUCUCCAGGAUCUAGCAGCUUGUUCCUUCAGAGUCACACUUGGGGGGGGAGCUACGGCCUGCCCAUGUUGGAGAGGAAGUCACUCUGGCUGGGUUCAGUACCUGAGGUUUGACAUGUUUCAAUCACUAACAUACUGUUUUAUAUUCAUAUUUAAAGUAGCCUUCAAAUGGGAAGAAAUGCAUUGUGCUGACGUGAUAACAUAUUGUUUUGCGCCAAUCAGACAGGAUUUAUUUGUUAUCCUGAGCGAUUUUAAGCGGCUUGGCACAAAUUCUUAUCUCUUAAGGCCCCGUGUAGCUCAGUUGGUAGAGCAUGGUGCUUGCAACGCCAGGGUUGUGGGUUCGAUUCCCACGGGGGGCCAGUAUGAAAAUGUAUGCACUCACUAACUGUAAGUCGCUCUGGAUAAGAGCGUCUGCUAAAUGACUAAAAUGUAAAAAUGUUAAGACAUGGUAAGACUGUUUUACCAUUUCAUUCAUUAUUCCAAAAACACUACUGUAACUAUCUUAUAUUUCUGGUAAUCAAAUUCCAAUGUAAUAUAUUUUAACUUGACUAUAUAUUUAUUUGUCAUUUGUCUCUCGGUCUUGGCCAAAAUUUAUCUGAAAAAAGCCCUGUGUGAUUUACCCCCUGAAUCAGUGAUCAGGGUGAAAGGCACGGCCAAGCGUCGACCAGAUGGACAAGAUAACAAGGUGAGACUGUGGUGACAAGACAAGUGGCAGUAAUAUUCUCCAUCAGUGUUCAUGUGAAUGACUCCCUUCUGAUUGUGUCGCCAUUUUGUAAAUUGUAGGAGAUGCCCACAGGAGAGGUUGAGGUUCUUGCUGAGAGUGUGGAGAUUCUAAAUGUCUGCCGAACGCUGCCCUUUGAAAUCAAAGAUUUUAUGAAAGUGAGUAUAUGAUUACGCUUACAUUAUUUAUGCAUAAUAACAUCAGACACAUAAAAACAUAUUUAUUGUUAUCAAUACUAUUUUAGUAUUGAUGAGCUUUACUCUGUGUUUACAGAAAUCUGAAUCCUUUCGGAUGCAAUAUUGGUAUCUGGACCUUCGUUCGUGCAGUAUAACCUGAGGCUGAGGUCCCAGCUAGUGAUGAAGAUGAGAGAGUACCUCUGCAAUGUGCAUGGUACGUGUCCUUGAGUUACCUCUCCAGUUCCUAUCCUACUGUAUUGUAGUGCAUUUGUGUUGCAUUAUUUUUGUUUCCAUUCUAGGGUUUGUGGACAUUGAAACACCCACCUUAUUUAAGAGGACUCCAGGGGUAGGUGCACUUCACACAACAUUUUACUUUCUCCAAACACAAUUUUGGAUAAAUUAUGUGUAUUAUAGUCUCGUAGCUCCUCUAUUAAAUUAUUUAUAGAGCAGUGAGGAGCCAGUCCUCCCCUCAUGUUUAUGUAUUUUCCAGGGUGCAAAGGAGUUUGUGGUAACCUCGAGAACCUGGUCGAUGUUACUCCCUGCCUCAGUCCUCUGCAAUUUAAACAGCUUUCACAUGGUGGCUGGCAUUGCCAGGUAAACAACAUGGAUUCGUUAUAUUGAAUCACCAAGGCAUUGUUACAGUUGAUGCCCUGUGUCCAUUGUUUCUUACUUAAACAACUUCUGUAGGGAAACUGAUUUACAUUUACUCUUAAAGUGAAUGUGGGAGGAAGGAAGAAAUAAGUUGGAUAAAUCUAUGCACAGGUGCAACCCUGCCUUUUGAUGUGCCUGCCUAGUUCAGAGGUUUUGAGAAUAUUUUUAAACAUGAAAAUUGGCAUUCGAAUUGGAACUCUCUGAUGUCCAUUUUUUAUCUGGCAGGUACUUUCAACUGGCCCGGUGCUAAAGACAUGAAGGUUCCAAACCAGACAGACAGACAGAAUUCACCCAGGUAAUGUGGGGAUUAGCUCUAUGAAGAGACUUGAUCAACUACUUCUGAGGGCAGAUACAGUAGAAAAACUUUGGCAGAUGAGCGUCGAACAGCUUUAAUGGGGUUCCUAAUGUGGUUAACCCACUCUGUUAAAGAUCUUUGCUGGCAACACACACACAUAUACACACACACAUAUACACACACAUAUAAUUCAAGUUUAAUUCUGCCCUCAAUACUCUAUAAUGCCUCUUAUCUAUCCUCCCUAGGUGGACAUUGAAAUGUAAUUUGUGGAUCAAGCUGGAAUCUGAGGGCUUGGUCCAGUACUCCUGGCCUGUGGAGAAAGGUCCUGUUUCCACACCCUUCACCUGCAUGAUGUAUGAAGGACUAUGGAGUGGACAUGCCAGACACACGAUUUGCCAUGGUUUGCUCAAAAUACUUAAAUAUGAUUUAAUAUUUUGGGGGUUGGGGGGGUAUUUUUAAAUGCUACAGUCUUAUAGUGAAGGAAGAAAAUAUAAAAUCCUGCUUCAGUUUCUUAAGUUUCUUACUGUACUUGUAUCGCUCAUGGACAUCAGUGAAACAUUUCCCAACACAGAAAUAGAGUUCCUGAAAGAGGCCCUCAACCAACCAGAAGUUUGUUUCCAGGAAAUAUUUAGUCCCGGAUGGAGCAGUAAGUACAGUUAAACAAAAACCUAUAUUUUUCUCGCAAACACAAGAUUUGAGAUAGGAUUCUAGUAGACUGUUCUGGUAGGUUCUAGUAACCUAUUACUUUUGUUAAGAUUUGUGUGUCAAAUAAAGAUUGUCUAAGUUUGUUAUGAUGAUAUACACUGAGUGUACAAAACAUUAGACACCUGCUCUUUCCAUGACAUACUGACCUGGUGAAAGCUAUAAUCCCUUAUUGAUGUCACUUGUUAAAUCCACUUCAAAUCAGUAUAGAUGAAGGGGAGGAGACAGGUUAAAUAAUACUUUUUAAGCCUUGAGACAAUUGAGACAUGGAUUGUGUAUGUGUGCCAUUCAGAGGGUGAUUGGGCAAGACAAAAGAUUUAAGCGCCUUUGAACGGGGUAUGGUAGUAUGUGCCAGCCACACUGGUUUGUAUCAAGAACUGCAACGCUGCUGGGUUUUUCACUCAACUGUUUCCCGUGUGUAUCAAGAAUGGUCCACCACCCAAAGGACAUCCAGCCAACUUGACACAACUGUGGGAAGCAUUAGAUUCAACAUGGGCCAGCAUCCCUGUGGAAUGCUUUCAACACCUUGUAGAGUCCAUUCCCUGACGAAUUGAGGCUAUUCUGAGGGCAAAAUGGGGUGCAACUCAUUAUUAGGAAGGUGUUCUUAAUGUUUUUUACUCUCAGUGUAUUAGAACAUACUUUAUUUCACUACAGAAACAUUUGAAGGGCAAGGAUCAGGAAUCCCUAAAACAAACUGCCAGGACCCAGUUCUGCCAGGUAUGUUUACCUCGUUUUAAAAAACCCUGCUGCUUUUACAGUACACUCAGCAAAAGAGAACAGACAAUAUUCAUGAAAUAUGAAUCUGGAAUAUGAUCAAUAAACCAAGAUUAUUGUGAAGAAAAUGUUGAACGAAAGACAUAGCAUACUUGCCCUGAGGCAAGGGUAGACCUCACCAAUCCUAGAGUGGUGCAAUCCUGUACAUCUUAUAGGACCCCCUUUAUAACGAAGUGAGAUUAUUGGUAAAUGCACAGCUAAUUUGUGACUCCAUUUAGACUAAUUAUUUAUUGGGUUCAGCAGUUCAUGGUUAGAGAGAGAUGAAAACCGAUGACUCCUGGGCAUUCAAGUAUGUCGGCGCCCUGCCCAGGGGCUAGCUGCUUCAGAGGAAUAUCAAAUAAGCCUGGUGUUUUUUGUUGUGGUGUAUUUUGUCCAUCCCUCCUAGGAAGUGAAUGUAGUUUUGGUAAAGGCAGAUGGUGCAUUGAAGUCUGCUCCAGAUGGCCCAGGCCAGACCUGGGGACCUGCUGCUCUUCUCUGCUGGUAUGCAGAAAUGUGUGGUGAGUUACACUCUGAUCUGGUCACCCUGACCGCGUCCCAAAUGACACCCUAUUGCCUAUAUAGUGCACUACUUUUGACCAGGCCCCCUGGUCAAAAGUAGUGCACUAGGUAGGGAAUAUGGUGCAAUAUCGGACACAGACCCUGUCCUUCUGCAUACCUCACCCCAUUAAAGAUAACCCUUUUAGUCAAAAUGAGUGAUGUGGUGGUCAAAGUGGCUGCUUUGAUAUGAACUACACAGUAUAAUUCAUACACACAACACACUUCAAGGUUUGAGUUGCUGUUUUAUCUUUUGAAUUAAAAGCAAUGUUUUAUUUUUCUCAAACACGUAAUUGGCUCUGGUGCACCAAAAAUGAUGGCUGUUUUGUUAAAAAGAAAAGGCCUUUCAUAAAGCUGUGGAUCAAUAGUGUACUUUUGUCCUAAAGGAUGUGGAAGCAAUUGUAAUAAAAUGUCAGAAUAGAAGAAAGAGAACAAUCCACCCUCGCAAUAGUCAAUUGUCAGGCGUCAAAGAUCAUUUUGUGACCAAACAGUGAAGGCUGUUGCAUUCUGAAAAGAAACAAUCUUUUACUUUUGUUUUCCUGAUUUCCAUGAUUCACUCCCACAGCGCUCUUUGUUGGGCAAGUUGAGACUUCAGUGUGCUGAACUCCUAGAGUGCCCAGGUAUGGCUGUUCGAAACCCCUCAGCAUUUCACUUCCUGUGGGUGGUAGACUUCCCACUGUUCCUGCCAAAAGAACAGGACCCUGGGCAGCUUGAUUCAGCUCACCCUCCAUUCACCGCACCUCUCCCUGAGGAUACCCACCUCCUCUACUCCCAGCCUCACAGUGUCUCCUUGGGCACAUAUUUAUAGAGAGACGAAACCUUCUCAACAGUGUUGACUGACCUUAUGAAGCUUGUUUCUGUGCCCUUGCUUGCUGUUUUGUACAAAUAGAAAACUCUUAGAAAUGUACUGGGGUUGUUCCAUGUCAUUGCAGCAAGCCAUGACACCCACCAUCUCAGAUUGUUCUGAAAUCAUUUCUGUAGUUAGAAAACAGAUAAGAUUAGCAUUCCUGCAACAUUAUUUUGUUGAAAUAUACAUUUGAUCGUUGAGAAAUUAAGCUAAUUGAUUGCACCCAAAUUGGCCAUUUUAAUUUAUAGGAUUCACAUAAUAUUCAAUAAAUAUAGUACCUAACAUCCAAUUUGGAACAAUUUUUUUUCUAACAAUGAGUAGGACAUAAGGAAUCCAGAGGAAUUGUCAAAAGCCACCCACGGACCUCCCACACCCCACACCAAUCCCACCCUAACAACGAGUAUACAGUAUCAGUUCUCUGUCUGACAAGUAGUAUGGAGCUGCGGCUCGCAGUAUUGUUUCUUCAUCCUAUGUAAUGUAUUCUCAGUGAAUUUGGUGAUGUUUUUUCCCCACUGUUCAAAGAAAUUACUCAUUGAAGUUGUUAGGGUUAUGUCCUAUCCUACAUCCUGAUAUUUCCAGGUUCUGACGACUAGAUGGUGCUGUUCCAGGUGAUUUAUUUUUUAAAGACCCCCCGCCCCCCUCAAUGUUAAAGGGUUAGUUCGCCCAAAUUACAAAAUUACAUCUUGGUUUCCUUAGCCUGUAAGCAGUUUAUGGACAAGGUAUGACAGCAAUCCAUGCUUUGAUUUUGUCUACCUGGCCACGGUUUCAAAUGCUAACUAUUUGGCAUUUGUGGCACAAAUCCAAUGCAAGUCAAUGUUACCUAUAUUAGCAUUUUCGUGCUUCACAUCCAAAUCCUGUUUCUUGUGCUUUUUCAGGUGGAACGACCCCCACUGAGUACUGUGUCUGUGUAACAUUGCUGUCACUGCUAUUUUCAAACAGGAUGUAGUCCAAACAAGAAGUUUAGCAAACCAAACUAUAUAUUCAAGGAAAAUUCAUAGCCAAGUAUAUUUAAUUUGUAUCGUCACAACAGUAUCCCAUAAGUCAGUAUAAAUAAACUUUACAUCAGAGAGCAUCCUGUAAUGGCCUACACUGAGACCGUAUGUCUGUGUCUGUAUCAUUCAUCUAUUCCUCCUGUGUCAUUAUGGCUGGUACGUGGCCAGCAUUAUGACCUGGUCCUGAACGGGUGUCAGAUCGGGGGAGGAUCCAUUCUUAUUCACAAGGCCUCAGAGCAGCAGCAUGUCCUGGAGACGAUUCUCAAGGUAAUGAACUUGGACUGGAUAAGUAAGAGCACCAGAAUGCUGAUUUCCCAAACAGUCAUUUCUAUCAGGCUGAGGAGGAUAUGCAAGCACAAAUACCAUUAGUACCGCAAUUACAGCCUCUCAAAAUAAACAAUUGAUUAGGAUCGGUAAUCACAUCGCUCAUUGCUCCCUCUUUAUCUGAAAGUUUCUGAGCUGCACGUUCUCCUAACUUGUUGGAAGGUAAUAUUUAUUAUCACUGGUAAUAAGACAGUAUUCGCUACUGUAGCUAUAUACUAGAUUCUACUGUCAUUAGCCUUCCAGCGCAGUGAUGAAUAGAAUAAGCCAGACUUGAGGACUAAACGGACUGUGCCAACGAACGGUUAAAAGCAACAGUGGCCACCCUAUCGCCUCUGACAACUGAACAUCAGGCGUAAUUUUCUGUUCAUUUCCUGAAUUCUACAUGUUGAUUCGUCACCGUUCGUCAACACCCAGCAGGUUAUCUGCUGCGCAUGGCCAACUUUUGUAAUGGUGUGUCUUGGCCUUAAGUGAAUUCCUCUGUAGAGCACCACUGCUCUGAUCAGAUUUCUCCAUUCAAAUCUUACCUUAACAUUAGAAUACUGACAACGGAUCAACUCCUAGAGAGAUAUUACCUUCUGGCUGCAAAUAUUGAGGUGGCUUGUUCUAAUGCUUACCCUAUAACAGGUGUCUCCAACCUUUUCUAGCAUGAGAGCUACUUUUAAAUUGUCGCGAGUUACUCCUUAAUUAUUUCCUAGCUUUCAAAUAGUCACUCUUUGUAUUUUCCCGAAUUCCGUUUUCUCGGUUUUACACACUCAAACUUACAAUUAUUCAUAGAGAAACAAUGACUUUGAUGUUCUGAGCCCAUGUCAAUGCUUAAAUCACAUCAGAAGACCAUUUUUGAGGGCUGAAAAAAAAAAAAAGAUUGAUGAUUUGAGUGUAAUACCCCUUUCAUUGCGCAUUUUGCGAGAGAGGAAUGUGCUGGUCUAGCUAUGUUUUUGCUGCUGUGUAUGUCAUGACAUAGUUUGCAAAACAAAAGGCCAACUGAGUGAUACAAAUAAUUAUAUAAUUCUGCCCGAUAAGCCUACCAUAGACUAGUUAGCAUUGGCUCACAAAACUACCUUUAUCUUCAUUCAUACUGGAUGCAGAGACAAAAAUGGUAUCCAUGAGUAGUAUCUCUUUAAGAUACUUUUGGGAAACCGGGCCCUGACUGGUUUGUUCUGUCUUCCAAAAGAAUCCAUCUCUCCUCUCUCACCUGCUAGAGGCACGGGACUCUGGGGCUCCCCCUCAUGGUGGGAUUACAUUGGGUAAAUCAGCCAUAAUAACCAUCAAACCCAGCUGUGUUUCUCAUGCUUUGAUAUUUCACCAUUUGUUCUACAGAUGCUAAGUAGUAGACUUAGUAGAACUUAGUAGACCAGGCCCCUUGUCUUCCUGCAGCCAAGCGUGAUGCAUCAUUUGUGAGUCAUCAUUUAAUUCCCCUGUUCAUUCCCCUGUUCACUUUCUCUCUAGGUUUGCACCGCCUAGUAUUCAUUCUAGUCGGAGCCCCCAGCAUCAGGGCCGUGAUUGCCUUCCCCAAAUCAUUCAGGGACCAUGACCUGAUGAUUCAUGCCCUAGAUUUUGUCUCUGAAAAUGAGCUGAAACCCUACCACAUCUCUGUCAACUGGCCAGCAGGCAGUGAAGGGAACCAGGAGAAAUAG